GUUAUUCUAUGAUGAGAAACACUCCUCAAGUCCAAGGUUCAAAAGGAGCAAAACCCAGCAAGCACUGUGCAAAAUCUCACCAAGGGAAUUGCAAUUUUGAGAAUACAAGGUGUUACAAGUGUUAAGGGUCAUAUCAGGCCUGCGUGUAAAGUUUCCUCCACAAAUUUUGUUGCAGCUAGUGAAAGUGUUGGGGAUUCUUCAGAAUUUUAUCUGAACAAUGUGCAUAAUAUUGAUAAUCCUUCAAAACCAUACACUAUUAAUGUACAGAUAAAUGGUGUUAAAGUCAACAUGCAAAUUGUCUCAGGUUUCAAUUAUGUCUGUUACAAAAUUUCAACACCUUAAUUUGAAUAAUUUGUUAUCUUUACAAAUUCCAACUUUGAAAUCAUAUACUGGGGAAGUUUUAAAGAUUUUGGGUAAUUAUGAGGCUCCUGUUACUUAUAAGGAUAAAUGUUAUACUCUUCCACUAAUUGUUGUUGAUUGUAUUGACAAACCAACUUUGUUGGGUAGAGAGUGGAUUGAAAAGUUGAAUAUUAUGUUUGAUAAUUUUAUUGAUGCUGUGUCUAAUGUUAGUAAUAGUAAUGUUGAUAAUGGUAACCUUGCUUUCAGUAAUUCUUCCAUUAUUCAAUAUUUAAACACUAAAUUUCCAAAUUGUUUUAAUUUAGAUGACAAAUCUGGUAUAUUGGGAGAUCAUCCAAUAAACAUAGCUAUGAAACAGGAAACAAUUCCUAUGUUUUGUAAGAGUAGACCAAUUCCUUAUGCCCUAAGAAAUUUCGUUGAUAAGGAGUUGGACACUCUUAUCAAUAAUGGUGUUUUGCAUGCUGUAAGUCAUUCUAAGUGGGCAACACCUAUUGUUGCUCUUCCAAAACUUAAUGGAGAUGGUAAAGAAGCUGUUAGAAUUUGUGGAGAUUUUUCGGUAAUAGUAAAUAAAUUUUGUGAAACGCAAUUUUAUCCUUUGCCUUCUCAAGAAGAAAUAUUAACAAGUAUGGGUGAUGGUAAGUUUUUCUCAAAAAUUGAUUUAUCUAAGGCUUUUCAUCAGCUUCCUAUUAGCCCAGAAUCUCAAGAAUUAUUAACAUUGAAUACUCUCAGAGGAUUACUUAGGUACUCCAAACUUCCUUUCGGGAUUAAAUCAGCUUCUUUCCUUUUCCAACAAAAGAUGGAUGAAAUCUUGAAAGAUCUAUCUUUUACUAAUUGUUAUAUUGAUGAUUUGAUUGUUAGGGCUAAUACAAAAGAAGAGUGUAUAAAUAGGACUGAAAUUGUUAUGGAUAGGUUAAAUUCUUAUAAUGUUAAGAUUAAUUUUUCUAAAUGUGAAUUUUUUAAAGAUAAUAUUCAAAUCUUAGGUCAUAAAAAAGAUGUUAACGGUGUUCAUCCAUUAGAUGACAAGUGUAAUACAAUUUACCAAUCUAUGGCUACAAAUGUUACUGAGUUAAAAAGUUAUAUACUAUUAUGACAAUUAGGACUGGGCUAUAAAUCGAUAUAUCGUGACAUACCGAUUUAACGCCUAUAUCGGCAGACCGAUACAGCAACUUUCGUUCCAGGUGAUGCAUCAGAAAUCUGAUUUAAGCCGCCGAGUAAAGAAGACAAACGAUAUAGCGAUAUAAGACACGCAAGGCUCUUACGUUCCGAUGCGAAUUCGCGCUGUGGAAGACGAUGUUCGUUUCGUUAUGUUGAAACGGCCUUGAUUG